AUGGACAAACAACAAUAUAUACAAGAAACGCUAGAUCAUCAAACAAAAAACACAACUCCAAAGUAUAAAACUCCUUUGAAUAUUGAAAAGCAUGCUGCAAAAUUAUAUACUAGAACAAUAUUUAGAUUGAUUCAAGUUGAAAUCGAAGAAUCUGUUUGGAGAUGUUCUCAUAAUGUUGUGAAUUCUGAAGGAGUAAUUGAAACUACAAUCGUAAAAGAAAAGAGAAAAAGUCAACCUGUUGAAGAUGACUUAGUGCCUUUGCAGAUGUAUAACACUGAACCAAUACAUGAAUUCAAGGUUACCCGUAAUACAGAAGAUGGAAAUAUUGAAUGUUCAUGUCAAAUGUUUUUGAGACUUGGAAUACUAUGCAAACAUAUAUUCCAUGUUUUAAAUAACUGUGAUAUUGAAGAAAUUCCUGAAAAGUAUAUAUGCAAACGUUGGACGAAGGACUUGAUUCCUGCAGAUGUAAGGCAAAAAAAAGUUCUAUACAGUGAAACAGAUAAUGAAGUUGAAGAAAUGGCUAACAAAGCAAUAUCUUCGGUUGAUUAUUGUUUAAGGGCUUUGACGAAUAAUAAAGCUGAACUUAAAGAGUUCAUGGAAAAAAUAGAGGAUAUGAGAACAGAAAUAGAAGCUAAAGAGCUAAAUCAAGAAAAAUUACCGAAGGAAGCUAGGUAUGAAUCAAUGCUUGGAGUACGUGUUAGAGAACAAAAUGAAAUUCAAAAUCCAACUGGAAUUAGAAACAAAGGUUCUGGUACAGGCAAAAGAUUAAAGGGUCCAGGCGAGAAGGCUAUUGAAUAGAAAAAGAGGACCAUACGAAGGUGCAAUUUAUGUGGAAUUUACACAGAUACACAUGAUAGUAGAAAUUGUAGAAAGUAUCAUGAGGAAUUAGAAAGACAGGCCGAAGAAAACAAGAACAAAGAAAAAGGAAAUUAGGAAUGUGAAGAAAGCAAGAAAAGAAAUGGUCGUUUAUUUUGUAAAUCAUGGAUCUUUAAUCUUUAAUGAUGGUUUAAUGUAGUGAC